GAGUGGACAAAUGUCUCACUUAUAAUUUUUUCUCUUUGUACGCUCCUCUCACUGUCUGCAAGUCUCACUUAAUCUUUGAUCUGAUCCAGAAGAUUUGAUUCGUAAUUUCACAGAUCAUAUUUAAGCAGAAAGACAGCAAUACUUUUGUUGUUUUUUCAAAUCUGAAAGACACAAAGGACAAUAGAAAAGAUGGCAACUAGAACUCCAGGAACCCCAGGCAACAAGAUAGACAAGACACCAGUAACAACACCUGGAGGCCCAAAACCAAAGGAAGAGAAGAUCGUCGUUACUGUAAGAUUAAGGCCUUUAAGUAAAAGGGAGCAAUUGGCCAAAGAUCAAGUAGCAUGGGAAUGCGUUGAUGAUCACACAAUGGUUUUAAGUUUCAUGGAAAUUUGAUGUUUGGGUUUCUUUUUAAUGUUUUUUGCUCAGAUAAAGUGUUUGGACCAUUAUGCGUAAAUGAAACGGUUUAUGAAGGAGUGAAGAAUGUUGCUUUGUCUGCUUUGGGAGGCAUAAAUGCUACUAUAUUUGCAUAUGGCCAAACCAGCAAUGGGAAGACAUACACGAUGAGAGGAAUAACAGAGAAGGCUGUCAAUGACAUCUACCAGCAUAUAAUGAAUACACCAGAGAGAGAUUUUACCAUUAAAAUUUCGGGACUAGAAAUUUAUAAUGAGAAUGUUAGAGACCUGUUGAAUUCUGAAUCUUGCCGUAGUCUCAAGCUUCUAGAUGAUCCGGAGAAAGGUACUGUGGUUGAGAAGUUGGUGGAAGAAACAGCCAGCAAUGAUCCUUCUUGGGGAGAAGCUAUAGCUUUGGGGUUUCAGCAUUAUAUUUUGGCCUUAGGAACUGUUGUGAUGAUCCCUUCUUUUCCUGUCCCUUUGAUGGGAGGAACUGAUGAUGAUAAAGUAAGAGUGAUUCAGACACUGCUAUUUGUUGAAGGGAUUAAUACACUUUUACAAAGACUGUUCGGAACUCAACUACCUACCGUUGUAGGCGGUUCUUAUGCCUUCAUGGUUCCCAUCAUAUCAAUAAUUCAUGAUACUUCUUUGCUGAGUAUUGAGGAUAACCAUAUGAGAUUUCUAUAUACUAUGAGAGCUGUCCAAGGUGCACUAAUAGUAGCAUCAAGCAUACAAAUUAUCUUGGGAUACAGUCAAAUGUGGGCUAUUUCCACCAGGUGCAACUUUGAUCUUACAUGGAGUUUCUGUAUCAAAAUUAUGGAGAGUCAUAAUUUGAGAAACUAUUAA